CUUAACCGAGGCGGAGCCGUGUUCGUUCAAACGCCUAAACAGAACUGGUCAACAUACAGCCAGCCUGUUAAUUCCUUUUGCAACAUUAACUAAUGCGUUCACUCUGGUUUUAUGUUGUUAUGUGUUUUAUCGAUAGCUGUACGUCGCUAUCCAGUUAGUUUUCAAAGGGUUUGCUAGUCUCCACCAGAGGCAGACACUCAACGGAAAUUAGUGAAUUCGCAUUUGCCGCGGGGAAAGGGAGAGGGCAAUGCCUAUCAGUUGCUUGGAAGCUUGCUAGCUAGCAAGCUAAUAUUGCGAUUAUAAGAAAGCUUGAAACAGGAAGAGGAAAGUGAAAAGGCCUAUCUUAUAGUGAGAGCUCACAGCUGGGCAGCUGUGCUGAAGCCUGGGUGUUGGCAUGUGUAAAGUGAGAGUUUGAGAGACAUCAAACAAACAGGUAGUUGAGCAGCCAUAUUUACACAGGUACAAGAGGAGGCAUACUGAGCAACACUUUCACGCCCUUCAACAACAUUUCGUGUUGUGGUAGGCUAAGGAUCCCCUCCAACACUAUACAGUCCUGGGCCAUUGCCAUGUCAUCUGCUACGGAGACAGUUCACUACAUCCACCUGCACAACUCCAGCCAGUCAGUCCUGGAGGCACUGCGCUCCCAGCGCCAAGAGGGCCUCUUCUGUGAUGUGACUGUGCGCAUCCAUGAUGCUUCCCUCCGGGCUCACGCCUGUGUGCUGGCAGCUGGCAGCCCCUUCUUUCAAGACAAGCUGCUGCUAGGCCACUCUGAGAUCUCUGUGCCUCCUCUGGUGCCAGCAGAGACGGUCAAGCAACUGGUGGACUUUAUGUACAGUGGCUCACUGGUGGUGUUGCAGUCCCAGGCCCUCUGCAUUCUGACCGCUGCCAGCAUCCUCCAGAUUAAAACGGUCAUCGAUGAGUGCACCCAGAUCAUUUCCCAGAAGAGGGGGGGGGGUGUUGCCAGUGCUGGAGGGGUUUUGCCCAAGCAGGAGGAGAGGGGCAAAGGGAGGGAGAGGGGUGGGGGUGCUGGCUUCCAGAGCUUUCCAAAUUUUGGAGUAGGGGAUUGUACAUCAGGCAACAGCAGUACAAGCAUGAGCAGCAAUGUAAGUGGGAGUGAGAAUGGUGCUGGCAACCUGGAGCAGCCCAGCGCAGUGGGACUGAUCCCUCUUGGGGAAAUGGGACCCGGUUCAGUGUGUACAUCUGGUGCUUUAAGCUCUGGUACUGUGUUGAAGCCAGGGUCUGGUUGCACCCAAGAUGUAAGGUAUAAAUUAAGAGACUUACUAGCACAAACUGCCAACAGUAGCAACAGUAACUGCAGCGAGAAUGUCAAUGUGGGCUGCAACACUGGUGUCAGCAAUGGGGACAGCAUCCGUGGGAACAUGGCUGACUUAAGUGUUGUUAAUGGGGAACCUGUCCCGGGGAUGGAAAGAUACAAUGAGGAGGAUAUGGAUAUAAGGGAGAGAGAGCGUGAUGGAGAGAGGGAACGAGGAGGAGGACACAGUCGGAAGCAGAGACAGCCACUCAGGUUACAGGUUCUCGGGGGAGAAGAAGUUGUGGUGAAAGAUGAAGGAGUGGAGGAGACACAGAGAGGGGUGUUUGAAUUAGACGAAGGUGGAGAGGGAGAGCAAGAGAAUACACAGGAGUCCAUAGCAACAUACAGCCAGGAUGGGGUAUACUAUGACGAUGGGGCAGUGUAUUCUGAAAGUUUUUGGCCACAGACUGAGGCAGAGUCUGAUUACCCUCCAUCCUCUGAGUCCAUGACAUUUAACAGCAGAGGACGAGCAAGCAAGCCAUUAUCUCCACCACCCUCCACACAAACAAUAAACAACCAGCUGCUGUUCCAGUAUCCUGUCAGUCAGUCUCAGUCAUCACCAUAUUUUGUGGGUGGGCCUAUGGUGAUUGACAGCAUGGCAGGAACAGAGCCCAACCAGCAGCUUCCAACUCCAACUCCAAUGACUCCUGCCCCUUCAACAGCAACUUCCUGUGCAGCAGGUCCAUCUCCAUCUUCCCAGGGAUCUGAAACAUCUUUUGACUGCACACAUUGUGGGAAGAGUCUAAGGUCCAGGAAGAAUUACAGCAAGCACAUGUUCAUACACUCUGGUCAGAAGCCCCAUCAGUGUAGCAUUUGCUGGCGCUCAUUUUCUCUGCGAGACUACCUCCUCAAGCACAUGGUGGUACACACAGGUGUGCGGGCCUUCCAGUGCUCUGUUUGUGGCAAACGCUUCACCCAGAAGAGCUCACUCAAUGUUCACAUGCGCACGCACCGAGCCGAGCGCACUUUCUCCUGUGCUGUGUGCCACCGCGCCUUCACCCAUCGCACCUUGCUGGAGCGUCAUGCCUUGCAGCACGCCCAUGUCUUGCCUUCUAAGCCUGGCCCACCUCCUUCCGGGUCUAGCAACAUGGGCAGCAGCAUCGCCAACGUGAGCAUGUCCAAUGAUGGUGGCACCACUUAGACUGAGAAAUAGAUUUCAUAAGGAGGAGCAUGAGAGAUGUUCAUGAUGAGAAGGAAAUUGAAUGUGGGAAAUUGUUUAUUAUCACAGUUCACAGGAACACACAUCAGACUUUUCUCAGAAACAGAUACAUAAAAAACACCUGGACUACUGGGAGGAACAUGCCUCUUCCACAUUCACAAACAGGGAAAAUGGAACAAAACAGCAUUGCCUCUGGACGGAAAUAAAGCAUAGUGAAUACAGCUACAGUUUUGGUCACCUUGUCAGUGCCAUCUCAUUCCUUCAGUACACUAGAUAUUGUUGUGUGGAAAGAUAUUCACAAACAAUAGCCAGAAGAACAAUGUGAACAAGGGUGGGACUUAGGUUGAGAAUAGAGGUGGACAGGAUAAAGUGGCAGACAGAAAAAGCUAGAGGAGAGAUGAAUAGAAAAAAAUGAAGAUCCAAAGGAUUCCAAAGGAGCUCAACAGUUUUUCAGACAAAGUAAAAUGCUAUUGGAGGCUAUUCAAAGUUGAUCUGUCCAGAAGGCCAUUAAUGCUAUUUGAGUAAGGUGCAGAGUUUUAACUAGGUGUAAAGGUGACAUAAUGCAAUUGACAGAAAAAUGGGCACAUUAUCCAUGUAAAUAGUGCUGCAUGUGUGGUCUAGACCCUUUGUGUUGCAAAAUUAGUAACUAAAAAAAAAAAUUUGUUAGCCUGAUUUUAAUUUACCAUUAUUUCAUCU